UCAUGCUGUCUCUUCAAAAUAUAAAGUAGGAAUAAACCAAGUACAGCUAUUGCAACACAAUGGACUGGAUACAUUAUACUACAUAACAAUGAGAUGGAGAAUUACCUUGUGGAAUUAAAAAUGUGACAUAAACCUGGGAGUGUAUGCUUUUAAGUAUCAACUUCAAUGACUAAAUAGCAAUGCGCUAUGCCAAAGGCCUCUCUUGUACAAAGCAAUCUCUGUCCAUCGGAUCGUAAGACAAGAAUACCGUUCCUAGCUGAUUUACCACCAAGAAAAAAUACUACUAGUGGCGCAAAUGAUACACAAUCACAAGGUGGUGCUAGAGUUACUGGUAGGGCAAGCAAUAAGGAAGAUAACAGGUUACAGCGCUCGGAUUUAUCACAAAAACAUCAUCGAAAUGUAAAUGGGGUCAACUAUCAUCGAAAAAGUCACCAACGAUAUGAAGCAAGAAGUAGGAAGUCAUCUGAUUCAAAAGUAUCCAGUGACGUUUCACAAUCUAAAAAUUCCUACUUGUGGUCAAAGUUAAAUUUAUCAUCGCUGGACGAAAAUGAAGAAAAGUCUGAAGUGGUUUCAUCAAUGAGACAAACCAAUGUUUUACUUUCUCCGAGGGUUUAUGAUGCUGUUCCUGUUUCCUCUACAACGUCACAAAAACGGAUUUCACUCAAUGAACUCAGCGUUAGGAAAUCUCAUGUACAGCAGGUCACAGUGGGCCCUGUGGAAUCAGAUAGCGUUUCUGAUUUGCUGUUCUCGGCAGAAAAUUAUGACCCGAAUGUAACCAAUAAUAACAGAUCUAGAAAUAGUACUAAUGGAAUUGUGACAGACGAAAAUAUUUAUAGUGAAACUGAUGGCUACUUUCCGAAUAAUACAAGAACGAAAAGAAUUAUACAAAACUCCAAUAUCCAGUCCAGGACAGGCAGAAAUAAAGUUGAAACUCUGAGAAAAUCUUCUCUACCGAAGCAUAAAAAAACAAGCCCACGUUUAAGGAAUUCGAGUCCUCUAUCGUACCCUAGUGACAGCGAUUUAGGUACGAAACCGAGAACUGGUCAAAAAUUAUCGAACAGAAAAGAAAACGAGAAAUAUAAUGCUGGUUUUAAUCGCCAAUGUUUGCAAAUUUCUACUAAUGUGAAGAGAAAUGAGAAAGUUCCAAAACAGAAAAUUCCUCAUGGAUCUCAUUCACAAACAUUUUCUCCAAAAUCAAGGAAAUCUAAUAAGAGCACAGCUAUUCCUACUCUUCAUCAAACACCUAAGCGAAGCCUUGAAACAUUAACUAGUCCAGCCCAUCAAAGUUUUUCAAAUCAAAAUUUGAAAAAUUCACCAAUAUUAUCAGGUGAUAGCUUAUACAAUGAGACUCACAGAGGGGAAGAUUUUCAAACAACCACAAAUGGCGUUCAAAAAGAAAUAUUAGAAGCAGAUAUGGAGCAUUUGAUUAACCAACGAUUCUUAGCUGGACUAAGAGCAGGGGAGCGAUCAUUUUUAGGAGGUUUCCGAAAUUCUGUCGACUCUCAAUUCCUACCAAAUGAAAAUGGUUCACUUUUACUAUCUGGUUUAGAGGGAAAUGGUGAAUCAGCAUUUUCAGCAGGUGGAAUCAAAGAAAUUUCUGAUGAGUCAUUGCAUGUUUCAGAGCUUGAUUCAAUAGAAGAGUAUGCAUCAAGCGUACUUGACGAUCAUCAUGAUCACUUAUCCAUGGCAAAUCACCAUCCAGAGGUUGAAUUUCACAGAAAUUCAUCGAGACCAGGUGAUUUAAGUCAGCAUUUUGAAGGCAGUUUGCUGAGUUCAAGUAUAGAUGAUUACUUUUCUCCAGCAGGUAGCCGUAAUGUCUCCAACGAAAAUUUUGUCGAUGCUGAGAAAUAUCAUUCUAAAAACACUAUGCAUUUACACAGCCCUGUUUCUGCUCCAUUGAUUUUACAGGCUUCAAAUUCAACACUAUUUUCUCAAGAUAGAGAUAAUUUCCUAUCAUCUGAUGGAAUUCAUAACAAUUUAAGCCCAAGAAAGCAAGUCCAUUUCAAAGAUCCAAUUUCAAUUUCUACACAAAUCUCACCUCGGCCCAUCAUUAGCUUAGAAGACCUUGGUCUGGGAGAGAAUGCAAUUGACUAUGAUGACGCUGAAAAUACAGAGCUUAAAAUGAGUGAUCUUUCUGAAGAAGAAGUUUAUGAUGUUGAUGGUUCUCAUAUUUCUGCAGAUUCAUUUCCCUAUUCAUUGACCCAUGAUCAGAAUGCAAAUGCAGAUCUCAAAAUUAGCAGUGAUUUGAAAGAUCCUAAAUCUUUUAGUGAAAGGUCUUUGGAUUCAAUAAACCAUGACCAAAAUGCAAACUCAGAACUUGAAAUGAGCAGUAAAUUACGAAGUCAUCCAAUAAGGAAAUUCAAGUCUUGCAUGCAAACAUCUUCAAAUUUAUUGAACCAUGGCGAAAAUGAUAGUACAAGGCCUAAAAUUAGCAGUAAAUUACAAAGUCACCAAACAAGAAAUCUUCAGUCUUCAAGGCUAUCAUCUUCAUUGAACCGAAACCAUAAUGAAAUUACAGGGUCAGAAAUUACCAUUGAAAAACAAAGCCAUCUUUUAAGCAAUCUCAAGCCUUCCAGUCAAACUACUUUAGUUGCUUCAACCCCGAAAUCUUCCAGAAUUACUUCUCCCCAUCCAAGAAAAAACUUUCAAAACACAACAAAAACAUAUGCACAGCUUUCUUCGCAUUUACCAACUUCAAAUUUAACAAAAACUCAGGAAAUUCCUUGCAAAAAAUCUUCAACACAACCUCAGGCUUCGAUUAUACAGCAAGAGCAUCUACCUCAACUCGAAACCAGGAUUUUUGAAACAAAAUUCACUCCUCAAAAUUUCUCUGCCUUGAGGGAUCAAAGGUUAUGCAAAAUUGUAGAGAAAAGUCCACCAAAAGAGAGAAACAAUGUGAUUCUCAAAUCAAGGUAUUUCAGAAUCUGGAAAGAGAAUGUCCGGUUGUUGAAAGCAAUCAAGAGCAAAGAAAAUCUGAAGCUAUUGAAAGCAAUAAGUUUCCAAACUUUGACGACGGCCGCAAAACAUUUUAUUGCUUGGAGAAGCUUGAUCCUGAGACAUCGACUAGCAGCAGAUGAACUCAAGAGAUACCAACUCAUAAGGAAAGGAUUUUCAGCUCUGCAUUGGGCAGUUAGUUCAAGAAAAAUGAAAGACAACCAAGUUGUAUCAGCCGGUAGGAGACUGAAGUUUGCCAAAUGCUUCAUGAAAUGGAAGAAACGAUACAAAGUAAAAAGAUAUGAAAACAUCAAGUCAACAUUCACUCAUUGGAAAACCUGUUGUAAGAACAAGAUCAUUAUUGGUCUGUUUGAAAGCAGAAGAGAAAGGAUUGUAUCACUGCAAACGUUCUUCUUCUGGAGGGAAAGAUUUCACAGUUCAAGUCAUUUACGUAUUGCAUCAGAGCAUUAUGAUUUUGUAAUGGUUCGCAGGUCUUGGCAACUAUGGAGAAUCUUUACAGCGGAACGAGUUGUCUUGAGAUCUCAACUAGAAGUUGCUGAUAUCAAGCAUGAAAGUUCAGUUUUAUCUCGUACUCUGCUAAGAUGGAAAAAUACUACAAUAAAGACGCAAUAUGCUCGGAUGUACAAUAGGAAAAAGGUGCUAUCAUCCUCACUGAAGCAAUGGAAACAUUCAACUUCUUUAUCGAGGAUUCAACAUCGAAAGGAAAUUGCUUCAGCUCGAGAAAUCAGGAGAAAAUGCUUGUUGAGAUUCCAGUUUAAAUCAUGGGUUACAGAACUCAACGUUAAAAGGAUGAAAGAAAAUAUUAAUAUGAAGAAUAUAAGGCAUUGUAUCCUUAUCUGGAAAGGCAGAAUUCAGAAACAUCGAAUUUUUUGUGCAGAGAUAGCGUCCCAAUAUAACUAUGCAAUACUGAGAAAAGCAUUCUGUAGUAUAAAAGGAUAUACUGAAAAUUGCAAGGAAAAAAGGUGUCAAGCGAUCCAAAGACUAGAGCAAUUCUCCUUGCGAAAAUCACUCCUAUCCUGGCACCAAUUUACUAUGAGAAAAGUAAAACUCAGAAACAUGCAGAAAACUUUCCAAGUUAGAAAUAGGAAGAAAUGCAUGGAAUCUCUAUCUCACAUCUGGAGAACGAAGUUUAAUAUCAUACAGGCAGCGCAAGAACAAUACCGACAGUGGACGAUACAUUGUGUACAAACCGCGGCUUAUAAAUGGUUGCAUUUAUUGAGAUUGAAACAAAUGGACAGGAAAUGUGAUAUGCAGAUUGUGAGAUUCAGAAAAAGGAGAUUAAGAAAUCGAUUUGAAUCUUGGAAACGGAAACUUCACAAAGAGAGGAAAUCAGAGCAGCGAGCUGCUGAUGGCCGAGUUGUUUUGCUGCGACACAAAAUGAGAAGAAUUUUGAGAAAUUGGAAUCUGAGAGCGCAGGAAUCAGUGAACAUAAAACCUUUGAUUGAAAGAAUGAAUAGAAAGAGAAUUGCAAGAUAUUUUGAUGCCUGGGCAUUAUUACGAAAUCGCCAAGUCAUGAAAGAAAAUAUGAAUCAGCUAAUUCAAACCCACAGUUUGCAAGAAAGUUUCCAGAUAUGGAAAAAUAAAUUGAAUGACAGAAAUAACAUUGAAAAAGCUGAAGAAAUGCACGAAAAAAUAAUGAAAAGAAGAGCAUUGAAGGGAUGGAAAAAAUUCUUGUUUCGUUGCCAUGGAUAUGCUGUAGUCUCAAAUCAGCAUCAUCGGAUGCUAUUACUACGACUCUUCUACACAUGGGCUACAAAGACUACGUUCAAACAGAUUGAAGAGUCGAGAAAACUUCAUGAGCAUUUCUUAAGACAAGUGAAUGCCCAUGAAAUACUUGCCAGAUGGAAUUCAGCAACAAAACAAAGGAAGAUAAAUGAGGAAGACAAUAUUCAAGGGUUCAGAGAAAAGCAUGACCUUUCGACCAAGAGUUCAAAGUUCAAGUACUGGUCUGCUGCAGCUCUCAAGCAACAAAGAGCAAAGAAAUUUGCUUCCAUGAAUACAAAGAAAAAAAUUAAGGAACUCUUUAUUGCUUGGAACACAUUAACCAGUGAAAACUUUCAGAAAAAAUUUGAAAAGUUUUCAUCGUCACUUAAAAUGUUGAGACGAGAAAUCCCUCAAGCUUAUCCAAUUUUAAAAGCCGUUCAAGUGGAACAUGAUGUCACAGGAAAUGAUGUCAUCACUCAGACAAGUUUUAAUGGUGACGUAACAAUGACAAAUGAUGAAACUAAUCACAAUGACACAGAAAUUAAAUCAAGCUCUUCUGAAACUGGCUUCUCUGAGACUAGCACAAAAAUCACUCAACUGGAACACGAUCCAGACUUCCUAGAGACUAGAGAAGACAAUCGCACUUCUGAAUCAACAAAUUUAAAACGAAUCAAUUCUGAUUUGGACACUCACUCAAUAUUCUCAUCUUGCUCAAUAGGAACUCAAAACUCAGAGAACAGCAUUCUACAAAAUGGGUGUGCUGAUUCAGGGAUACUGCUUCGAGACUACAUUUCCACGGCAACCUCAGAACAAGAUGAAAUCAGUUCCGUGAAUAGUGUAAAAGUUAAUGGAUUUCAACAAACUGGUCCAGGAUUGAACUAUAGCACUAUACAGAAUAAUUUAGUAUUGGAAGAAACGGAACCUAUCACUCUACAAGAUUUAGAAUCAGACCACAAUUCUGGGUCUUUAUCUGAAACGAAAGACGUUUCUUUGCCUAGUCAAAAACACCAUCAAAAUGGAACGGAUAUCCAAACUGAAUGUACACACGAUACACAUGGAGAUUCUAAAAAUGACCUGAAAAGUAAACUCGAACAUCAGCACUUGGAGUUAAUAGAUGCUCAAACCCAAUUUACAAACGAUCGGCAGAAGAAUUUUGAAAAAGGUCAUCAGCCUUCAGAUCUUACAUUUGUGAAGACAGUAAAUGCAGAGAAAAAGUCACCAAAUACUGAAGUUGAAACUUGUAAAUCACCUAUAUUGCAUCACAACGUUAAUUAUACAACACAACAACAAAGUACACAAACAAAAACAACACUGCCAGCAUGUGGUGACCCCUACUUGCAACCUGUAUUGAGUGAAUUCUCACAUAUGUCAUUUCUACCUAUUCUCAAUUCCCACCAAAGAACCCACGUUCCACAGAACCAAAAAGAUGAGAUUGGAAAUUACGUCAAUGUUCAAACUCUUCAAGGACAAGCAAAUACAUCCAAAAGUUGCCAAAACGGUCAAAAUAACCCAAAAUUUCACGAAAAAUCAACUGAAAUUUAUGGAAAUGAUGAAUUCUCAAACAGAGCCACAAUAACAACAAAUAUAGAAGCAGGGAAUGGCGAAUGCCAGCAAGGUAUUCCCAGAAAACGAUCAAAAAUACCUGUAUCCCUAUCAAAAAUUACCCCAAAGAAUAAUUCCACUCCAAAGCAUUCAAGAAAUUACUCAAAAACAGCCAAUUCAGAAGACUCUCCUCCAAGCUCACAAUCUGAGACCCCAAAAUAUAGAAUAUCUUCAGAAAGAAGCUAUUUUUGUGUUCCGGAUUGCGCAACACUCCCGAAAAAUGUCUUAGAACAUGAAGAUAACAUUGAAACAGCUAAAGUUGUCACUCCUCGGAAACUUUGUGACAAAAGCACAGACUCUAAUAUGCAUCCUAAAAAUUCUAAAACUCGAAACGACAAGUUCAAUUUCCCAAACCCCGAAAACGAUCAAAUUUCGCCCAUAUUAUCGUCAACUAUGAUGGACCGCUCUAUCAAUACAGAAAAUUUUGGAGUUGAAAGUUCAAUUUCUAGUAAUGAAGAUGACACUUCUAUCUCUAUUAUGACAUCAUCAUUGUCAAGUAGUGAUGCUAUAAUAGAUGAGAUUUAUGAUGUCAUAGAACCAGCAACUAGAGAGAUUUUAAAGAGGAAACCGAAGCCGGUUUUACCUAUUCACCCUUGUUUGAGAGACUCGUCUAUCCCAACAAUAGAAUGGUUAGUUCGUCUUGCAGUGAUUCGCAUGCGAUAUCGCCCUCUAGCGUUUGCUUUUCACCAAUGGAAACUGCUGAUUCAUACUAAGAAAUGGGAACAAGAAAUGCUGGCUCAUAUGAAGGAGCGCACCAGAUUUUUAAAUAUUAAACAGUAUUUGAGGCAAUGGAAAACCAACUAUAAAAAGGCUACAUCAUCCAGGAAUCAUUAUAAACAAAAUCUAGAACAACGUUGCUUUCAUGAAUGGCUACAAUGGACAACGACUAAGAGAGCAAGACAAAGAAUGAAGACAGAAGCAGACCGCAUCUAUUCUUCCAAAUUAUUGAGAUCUGCAAUGAACACAUGGAAUGGGAAAUGGCAACAUAGGUUGGCAUUGCUUGAAAUUCUCAAAUAUUGGCAAACCAGAACAAAACAACACAAUUCACCUCGGAUGAAAGAUGAAAGAACUCAACAUAGAUUGAACUCUGAGUUAUUGUCUAAUUGUUUUGAAAGAUGGAGACUGAAAUACAGGCAAAUUGCUUUGUCCGAUCAACACAGAAGAAAGACUUUAUUAGGAGGGAUUUUAACUGCAUGGAGCAGCUGGGCAUCUGAGAGAGCUGAAGUUUCUAUGAGAAUAUCUGAUAUGAGGGCUUACCAUCUGAAAAGAAGAAUUUUCAUUGCAUGGAAAAAACACACCUCCUUAAUGAAACAAGUGGAAUUGAUUCGAAAGCGAUCUCUUCGGAACUGGAUUUCAUCAUUAUUGGAUAGAUGGCACCAAUAUGCUACAGCAAAGCAUCACCACGAUUCUGCACUUGAUAAAAUUUCAAGUCUGAGCCAGUCAAGUGCGGUCCAAACCUGUUUAGACCGGUGGAGACUGGAAUUUACUAAAAGAAAACUAGCUGAUACGAUGAACAGGAGAUCUUUGAUGAAAAAAGCCAUCCAUGAGUGGAAUGAUGUCACAAUAGCAUGGGCAGCUGAUAGACAAAGAAUUGAAACCAUGAGAAGAACUGUUGCAACUAAUCAGAAACGAACUGCAUUGACAAACUGGAGGAAUGAGUUGGCAUUGAAAGCAAAAGUAGAAUCUGCAAGAGAACAAAGAUAUUCAAACCUACUGUGGAGAUCAUGGUGUCUAUGGAGAGAAAGAGUAGCUUUGAAAAGAGCAUCUCAUGCGUACAUGUUGUUUUUAAAAAGAAGAACAUUCAAUUCUUGGAAGAAGUUCCUGCAACAGAAGAGAAAUUCCGAUGAAAAAGCAAGGACUGUUUUAUUGAAAUGGCACGAAAUGAUUGUGCGGAGUCAGAAUCUGUCAUGCAUGGCUGAUCAGUUUCAAAUGAAAUCCUGUAAUUUCACGAUUGAAUUCACAUUCAAUACAUGGUUGAUCGCACACAGCCAGAAUAAGAUUGCCAAGCUGCACUACAAGAACAAGAUCUUGAGGAAGAGUUUUGCUGCAAUUCUUUCUCGAACAAAACGUAAACAAUCACUCAAGAGAAUGCAGAUGAAUUUUGUGAGGCAGAGAACAAAAGAACUAUUUGCUUUUUCAUGGCACAAAUGGAAGUACCGGCUUCAGUUAAGGCUACAGAAUUCAAGUGCUAUUGAUAACCAUAAGAGGGCAGUAUCACAUCGGUUAUUAGUAAGAUACUGGACUGCUUGGAAAGCGAGAAAAAGGGAAAGAGAUGCUAUAGCGUUGUACCAGCAGUCUUCUUUAAGAAAAUGUUUCACGAAGUGGGAAUUUGAACACACGAAAAUGAAAAGAGCAGAUCGGCUUGUCAAGCAACAUCAAGACAGAAAAUUAAGUCUGAUUCUCACAACAUGGUGGACUUGUAGUUCAACACUUAGGAAUGAGAGAAGAGUUGUUUCUGAUUUGGAGGAAUCAAGAAAUAAAAUUAUGACAAUAACGACGUUUAUGGUCUGGCUGAAAAGUUAUAAAAACAACAAAAUCGCUUGUAAAUUUGCGGAAAAUAAAAUGAAAAAGAAGGCGUUCAACAGUCUUAAGAUAUGGAAAACAGAAAGCAUCAGACUGAAGAAAUGUUAUAGCCAAGCAGUUCAGAUAGUGGAGACAUUGAUGUUGAAGUUUUACUUCACUCAAUGGAAAUCCAUGUUCCGCAAAGUCAGAAUGCUCGAAGUUACUUGUGACCGCAUGAUGGAGGUAAAGAGCAACAAAAUGUUGAAAUCAUCUUGGAAGAAAUGGUUCAAAGCUAAAGAAAAUAGAGAUUUACAAAGAAGGCAUGAACGAGAUUUAGCUUUCGAUGUGAUUACAAAAUGGAGAAGAUAUGCAGCAGACCGUGUAGAGAAACAACGAAUCAGAGAAGAGAGAAACGUCAUGGUUGGAAGAUUCGAACAAAAGUGGAUUUGGAAUCGGUCCUUUUCCAAAUGGAAAGGAAAAUAUCAGGUGAACCAAUUUUCAAGGAAGAAACGACAAAAACUCUUGGAAAGAUGUUGGUAUCUCUGGUCAAGUAAAACAGCAAUGAUCAUCUGUGCUGUGGAAAUGGACUAUCACUGGACAUUGAGAAAGUACUGGCAUUGGUGGAGACUUGAACAUGUGACUAAAAAAUCAACCAAUGAGGCGGCAGAACAAAUGAACCAUGACAUGAAGAAGACAAUAUUUAAACUGUGGAGAGCCUACACUUACAAGAAACUGACAGGUCAUCGUUACUGUUCUGCUGAAUCAUUGAAACCUGAGGCAUUGACGCCCAGGAAACGAAGUAGGAUCCCGGUAUUAAAGAAAUAAGGAAUUUACAACAGUAAAACUAU